AGCCACAACAAUUCCGUCACUAAUGCGAUUUCUCGACACUGGCGAGCCUCUUUGCCACAUUUGAGACCGACAUGCGAUAGGCAGUGAUUGCAAAUACGCGUCGUUCUCGCUUGGUUGAGAGAUGUUGGUCACGGUAUACGUAACACACAGUACUAGCUAGUAGCGGUACCAGAACUUAUUAGCCUCGGUCUCUGAAACGCCAGAGCCACCGACCAACAGCGGGCUAAAAGAAGGCGAGUGCAGACACGCGGCGCGGAAAAAGAAGAGUACGUAGCGGCGCCUCGCAUCCUCAAGAGUACUAAGCGGCGUCAUUCGCAUCAUCAUGGACCCGAACCGUCAACUCCGGCUCGCGACGGUGCUGCUAUUCGUCGCCUGCGUGCUACCAACUCAGGCAAUCAAGGUGACUGUAGGCGGCUUUUUGCCCAACCAUCUCAGCCCGUGGAGUCCGCUCAUGAAGUUCAUUUGGGCCGAACCUCCGCCUGUCUUCCCUGACUUCCUGCUCAUUUUCCGUUGGGUGAGCCCGGUUCCUCACAGCGUGUACCACAUGGAAUCGAAGGCCAAAUUCGACAAGUGCGAUUUCUCCGGCGCAAAGCUCCUUUGGCCCAACUCGCCCGUCGGCUGGCUCCCCUAUGUGACCCCGAAAGCGUGGGAGAACACGACUCAGUACUUCUCGAGUAAAAUCCCCGGGAAUUUCGACUGCAAAAUGGGAUUGAAGACGGCUCUGAAUGUGUAUCGGUGGGAGGACGCGGAGGCUGUGAUUCAAGCUCGAAUUCGUGACAGGAACCAAGAUGUGCAGAGGGUGCUUCGUCAGCUUAAAAAGGAGCUGUCGAGGCGCCGCGCGAAACCAAGCCCAGGUAGCUCAACAUAGACUUACAUAGAAAAUUUAUGACAUAGGGAGGGCUGAAUCCGUUCGGAAUCAGUUCGGUGUUAGGUGUUUUCGGCUUAGCCUAUGGGGAGCAUACGAAAGCUUAGCCUUCUGAGGUGUGUAAAUAAAGCACAUGUUUGAUG